AUGCCGGAAAAGAACGUCGCGGCCGUGCUUCGAGGUGUCCGCCUCCUCCAUCAAGUGUGCGACGCCAUUGAGCGCUUCGGGGAGGACAUCCUCGGCCCGGCUGGGCAGUGGCUCAAGGUGGCAGGGCGGCACAAGACUACCGUGCUCAGCAAGGCCAUGAAAGCUUGCCCCACAGGAGGAAGCAUCCUGGAGAUUGGAACCUACUGCGGCUACUCGGCUCUCCGCAUGGCCAUGACACUGCCUGGGGCGCGAGUCGUCUCUCUGGAGGUUGACCCAGCUCACAUGGUCAUCGCCCGCAACAUGGUGGCCUACGCGGGCCUCGCCCACAUGAUCGACAUCUGGACGGGGCACAGCAAGGACGUGCUCCCGCGGCUCCCAAGGAAGUAUGGUGGCCGGCACAACUUCAAGCUCUGCGGCGUCUUCAUGGAUCAGAAAGGCUCGCGCUACCACGAAGACCUCUCCGUCAUCGAGCAGCUGGGGCUCCUCUUGCCGGGGGCUGUGGUGGUGGCGGACAACGUCCUGAAGCCGGGCUCGCCCCUCUUCCUCUGGCGGCUCUGCAAAGGCCAGUCUUACGACAACCAUGUGGUGCGCGUCCGGGAGUUUGCCAUGCCGUCGGAUGACUGGAUGUCCGUCAGUGUCCUGCGGGCAGAGGCCGCCCAGGCCUUUGCCGAGGCGUCUGUGGACUCCCCGGUGGUGGAGAAGGCCAAGGGCAUCAGUCCUGUGGGCAACUGGCCGGUGGCGCCCGAGGAGCUCAUUCAACUGCAGUGGGAGUCGGAUCGCAUCCGCGCGCAAGCGACGCGCCCGGGCAGUGGCUCCGUCAGCUUCGACGAGUGGGCAAAGUACGCCAGCAACAUGAAGGAGAAGAUGGCGCUACACGGGAUCGUGGAGACGGCCGACGCUGCCAAUCUCGAAGAGGGAGCUGAGCUGUGGUCGGCCACGUAA